AUGGCCGCCAGCACGAGGUCCGGCAAGGCUGCCCCCGACUGCGUCAUCUUCAAGAAGGUCUCCCGGGACAAGUCAGUGACCAUCUACCUGGGGAAGAGGGACUACAUAGACCACGUGGACAAGGUCGAGCCCGUGGAUGGUGUCGUGCUGCUGGACCCCGAGCUGGUGAAGGGGAAGAAAGUGUACGUGUCCCUGACCUGCGCCUUCCGCUACGGCCAGGAGGACAUCGACGUCAUCGGCCUGACCUUCCGCCGGGACCUGUACUUCUCGCGGGUGCAGGUCUUCCCGCCCGUGGGGGCGGCCGGCGCGCCCACCAAGCUGCAGGAGAGCCUGCUGCGGAAGCUGGGGGAGCACACGUACCCCUUCGUGCUCACGUUCCCGGACUACCUGCCCUGCUCAGUGAUGCUGCAGCCAGCGCCGCAGGACACGGGGAAGUGCUGCGGGGUGGACUUCGAGGUCAAGGCAUUCGCCACAGACGGAGAUGCUGACGAUCAGGACAAGAUCCCCAAGAAGAGCUCCGUGCGCCUGCUCAUCCGCAAGGUGCAGCACGCGCCGCCGCAGAUGGGGCCGCAGCCCUGCGCCGAGGCCGCCUGGCAGUUCUUCAUGUCCGACAAGCCGCUGCAGCUCUCCGUCUCCCUGGGCAAGGAGAUCUAUUUCCACGGAGAGCCUAUUCCUGUGAAGGUGACAGUGACCAACAACACGGAGAAGACCGUGAAGAAGAUUAAAGCCAUUGUGGAGCAGGUGGCCAACGUGGUUCUCUACUCGAGCGACUAUUACGUUAAGCCAGUGGCCGCAGAGGAGACACAGGAGAAGGUGCCCCCGAACAGCACGCUCACCACCACGCUCACGCUGCUGCCCCUGCUGGCCAACAACCUGGACCGCAGGGGCAUCGCCCUGGACGGCAAGAUCAAGCACGAGGACACGAAUCUGGCCUCCAGCACCAUCCUGAAGGAGGGCAUCGACCGCACAGUCCUGGGGAUCCUGGUGUCGUACCAGGUCAAGGUGAAGCUCACGGUGUCUGGCUUCCUGGGAGAACUCACCUCCAGCGAGGUGGCCACAGAGGUGCCCUUCCGCCUCAUGCACCCCCAGCCGGAGGACUCAGCGAAGGAAAGAAUUAAGGAUGAGAAUCUGGUGUUUGAAGAGUUUGGCCGUCAGAACCUCAAGGACCCCGGGGAGCCCGAGGACGGGAAGAAAGACCAGGAGCCCAUGGACGAGUGA